AUGAAGAUCUUUGUUUGGUCGGUGGCAGCCACCGCGAUUCUAUUGCGCGUCCAAGAGACCGUGUUGGUGACGGCCGAGAUCUUGAACGGCGUUGGAACGGUCGAGGAGGGAUCACCAGUGAUCUCAAAGGAGAACGAGGAUGGAUUCACCUGGGUUCGUGGCGACGUUCCUCAGUGGAUGAAUGAUCUCGAGAUGGAGGAGGACGAGAGUGACGACAAGGGUGCACGACGACUCCAAAGUGGAUCCAAGACAGAGAUGGGAGAGGAUAUCACCGAGUCUUCUUUUGUGGAGGCCAUGGACAACCUUCGCGGCAACUUCUCUCAUGCAAUGAAGUACAUUGAAGGAAUCUUUGGAGUUAGCGAUGAAGACGAAAGUGGAGAAGGCGAGACGAGUGCCUACCACGUAGAUGAACGCCAUCGACGUGCAGCUGAGGCCAAGGCUAAGGCAGGAUUGGGCGAAUAUCGUCAGUAUGCGGCUGACAUCGCUAUCGAGAUUGCCAAGGACAACGUUAACUUUGAAUUCGAGCACGUCUUUGUGCGCGAUUGUGAAUGGGGACAGAUUAUCACGGGCGGAGACGGAGACUGGUCCGCCAUUGUGAGGCGCAUGAUGGGCUUCCAUUCUUCCUUGCUUGCAUUCAUUGAUGCACUCAAGGAUAUCGAAGAUAGAUUCGUCCGCAUUAUUCCUGAGAGUCAUCACGAUGAUGAAACCAAAGAACAGAUUUUGAAUGGUGAGACUGUGUGUGUGCAUGGUUGCUUUGCGUUGAGAUGUGUGUUAGUUGGAUCUCUAGAGGGGGUCAUUGAGUUUUAA